UCACAUGAUCUGGGUAAUAGGUUCGCUCAUGUACGACAUCCUCCAACUCGCAUUGGGAGAGCUGUCGAUUUUCGGUCAGGCAAGGGUUUCUUAUUCGUCAAUGGAACAGUCUUGGCCGGGGUGCCCAGCCAAUCAGCAUCAACCUCGCCAGUAACCCGUACUGGCUACUCGCAGGAGCACGACAAGUGGUCGUCUUCGAGCUACUUUCAUGUCUCAGGCUUCAUUGAGACUUCAUAAUUUGUGACUCUGGACUCAAGUUCACUUAUCGAACGGUACGGUACUUCUCUAGCCGACUUACACGGCCCACGCAGGCAUCAUGACCCCGACCACCCAACUAUCCCAGCUCGUCUCCCAGGUACCUGGGUUCAUAAACGAGCAUUCCAAGAGGAGACGUGACACUCCGACCCUUGACCUUUCCCAGUUUUUUGACUUUUCCGCCUUCUACGACGGGAACGAGCCAUCCAGCCCCGGAACUCGGAGCAGGUCAGUGGCCUCGUCCGACCCGGGGCUCACGUCCGGCCCGUCCGAGGAGGACGGGGCACCCUCACCCGGCCCUAGCUUUGAACCUUACCACAAAGAGGCCAUCAAGCAGAUUAAACAGCAGGAUGAUCGUUUUACUGUCCCAGAACGAGAAAUUCGACCAAAAGGAGGCUUGCCGUACCCUUCAAAGAUCCAUCUUGACAGUGUACCGAGUCCUACAGGAUCAAGCCCAUCUGGUAGCAAUGUCGUUAUACUAUCCAACCCAGGAUCGCCAACCAUGUUCCUUGAUGCCGCUGUUGAGGAAAACCAUGCCCUCAACCGUGGUCGGCGGAACAAACCUUUGAACAAUCCCGAGAAAGUUGCCGUAAUGCGGAAGCUUGGUGCAUGUUACCGUUGCAAAACACGCAAAGUACCAUGUGACGAAGGAGCCCCUUGCACUAAUUGCACCAAAGAUGCAGGCAAAAUGCAGCAUGCGGAAUGUGAGGACUUAGCUGAGCAGAUCUGUUUCCGUCAACACCCAACAACGGCAUUCAGUGAAAUUAACCGUGUUACCUGUGCUGAGAUGCCGCCUCGAGGUAAAACAUCGGGACCCAUGCUAUACUUCCAAGUCUUCUUCGACAUGCGCAAGUCAGUUUCGCCAUUGAUGAUCCCAGUCUCAAGAGUCGAAUACGAAACAUUUGACGGUCGUCUUGGUAUGCGAAACACCAAAUAUCAGUUGAAUUUUAACAACUUCUCAUUGGAAGAGAACAUGCUCGUCGAUUGGGCGUCGGCACAAAUGCAGCUAGAGGAGGACACUUUCCAAUCUGCCCUGGACCACCUCGUCAUGGCCUGUAUGGGGAAUGGUCAAGCGGAUAUAUUGCCACAUUCUGAUCUUCUCCAGAAAGUCCACAAACUCAGGUGCUUAUAUAAGAUAUGGAGACACUCCAGCUUUGUCUAUCAGACGACUGCUGGCAACGAGUAUGGACGGUUACCUGAUGAGAUCCAUCGAGUGCUAAAGGGAAUAGCUGCAAAGCUGAUAAAAGGGAUUGAAAAUGAUGUCCUGAGUGAAUUGUCGGGAAGACGGCCAAAGCAAGCAGAUCGAUUGCCCUUGUGGGCAUGCACAAUGCAAGUCGUUCUGUUAUACCAUGAUUUGAUCAGCAUUACGAGCUCUCAGGAACCAUGGGUUCACACAGACCUACCACGAAGAGCCGAGAGCUUGAUGAAUUAUGCUGUGGUAAUGUGUGAUUUGCAUUUUGGCAAAAAGAAGCCCACGCUCGCUAGCGAUUAUGCCCACUUGACAACAUGCUUCGCAAAUGUUGAAUUCCAGCAGAUCAAAUUCUUUGCAGAUAUUCAUCAGCGCCGUAGACUAUCCGAUAAAGUAUUGAUCGCCUUAUUAGCCAAGUACCAGAAAUGCUCAAGGCCCAGGGGGAUGCCGCCACCGCAGAAGCGAUUAAGAAAAAUGGCCUGAUGCUUCUACAAUUUCCCUUGGUUUCCGAUCGUUACAUUUCUUUCCCUUUGUUGUAAUUGUUUCUUGUUACUGGGACGUUUUGAACCCAGGGUGUGAUGUUUGUACCAUGAACAGACAUGAGAUCAAGGAUUGGAGUAAAGGAGUUCGGUCAUAGUGGAGAUACCCAGUUGUUUUCUUUUGAGUAUACGUUUGCCUCCGAAUCACGAAGCUACGAUUAUGCAGCACGAACACCCGGUAUGGAAUUCAGACUUCGAGGUGAUAGGGCAAAUCUAUAGAGGCCUGGGGAUGCUUCUGUGGUUGUUGUUCUUCACUUAGUUUUGGUAUCGAAUCUUGAAUAUACCUGU